CCCAAGGAUCCCCAGAAGCCGAAGGAAUCGCUUCCAGCGCCGCCUGUGCCCAAGCUUCCAGUGCCACAGGGCGUCGGCAUAAAUGUCUUUGGGUCUCAAAAUGCUGAAUGUUCUUAACACAGUUUGAAUCUCCAACUGCUUUUUUGCCAGAAGGAUUGGAAAUGUUUAGCUACAGACAGGAUGGGGCACUGCAGUGAUCUGAGCAAAUGGACCAGGAUGGCAAGCAGUUAAGAAGGGGAGAAAGAAGAAACAGCGAUUUUCCAGCAACAAGGAAUGGGAAAGAGUGAGAAGAAAGAUCUUACAUUCCCUUCCUAGGAACAAAUGGCAAUAAGAAAAGAGAAUUUUAAAAUACGAUCACGUGGGAAUGAAAAAAGACUGGUGGUAAAACUUCUGUAGACAUGGCUAGUUCUGACAUGAAACCAAAAUCAAUAAGUCGUGCCAAAAAAUGGUCAGAUGAGAUAGAGAAUCUGUACAGAUUUCAGCAAGCAGGAUAUCGGGACGAAAUUGAAUAUAAACAAGUGAAGCAAGUCGCUAUGGUAGAUCGUUGGCCAGAGACAGGCUAUGUGAAGAAACUUCAGAGAAGAGAUAAUACUUUCUAUUACUACAAUAAACAGAGGGAAUGUGAAGACAAGGAGGUUCAUAAAGUGAAAAUUUAUGCUUAUUAGCAUUUCUUCCUUGUGUGAUUUGUUAUUUAUUUUAAAAAACCCACUGAGUUUCAUGAAAUAACAUGUAAAAUGUAUGUCAGAUCACCAGCUGUACUCUUCACCUUAAUGCUUUGCAACAUAAAAGUAAUGAAAUUAGCUUUCUUUUAAGCCACCUUGCCCCAUAGUUUAAAAUAUCUGAUAGAUAAAUAAAAUAUCAUCUUCUAAAAAGAAAUCAGGGGGAAAUUGGUUAUUUCUCUAUUUUUGGGAUUGAGUUAAAAAGCAAAUAACUUAUUUUUUCAGGAAUGUUGUAAUAUUAAAUCAACCCCAUUUAUGCUAGAAGGAAUCAUGCUUUUGAAUCAUGUCUGACACUGCAUAGGAUUUACUUAAGUUUUUGAGUGACUGCAAAUGCGAUUUUACCAAGAUAAUUUUAAAAAGAUGAUAUAAACCUUGUCAUUAGCAUCACUCCACCUAGUACAGUCCUUUUUGAUUUUUCUUCAACUUCGUCAAGGCAUAAAUGGCAGACUCUGUAGGGCAAAGAAGAGGAAAAAAUUUCCAGCUUACCAGAUUAUCUGAGGAAGCCAGACAUAAACCUGACUACCUUAGAUACUCAGCAUAGCCAAGUUGCCAGAAAGCAAUUGAGGCAGCUUAAAAUGGCAGUGGAUAGAACACCAGGCCUGUAGUCAAGAAGACCUGAGUUCAGAUACAGUGUUAUA